CCUACAAGUUAUAAUGACAACAAUAAUAGUUGUUGCUGUUGUUGCUGUUCUGCUCCCUGCCCCUAGACUAAGUCAGGGCUCCAGAAACCAAACCAAGGUUAACCAAACCAAGCAAAGGCAAGAGGCAGGUUCUUAACCCACAUGGCGAAGGGGCUCCUGAGCACCAUCCCAAAGACCCCAUGAAGGCUGGUGCUCUGACCUCCUGAGCAGUCCACUUGCCUCUCCCUCCCACCUGGUUCUCCUUCCCUGGCCAGGAUCACCCUGAGCUAACCUAGGAAAGGAAGCCAGCUUGGUCCAAGGAAGCCAGUGAGGGGGCUGAUUGGAAGUCUGCAAAGGCGGGUCUCCAGAGAUGGUCCUAGUGGUCUACCACGUCCCUCUGGGGAGGCCCGUAUGAUGCUACCUCCUAUGGCAGGAUGUCCGCAGGAUAGGCGAUGCAUAUAAAAAAACCGCCGCGGCCGCCAUCUUGACUUUUUUGACCUAUCCUACGGGCACCCCGCUCAUCGCAGGCUGCAGCGGUUUCCAGGAGAAGCCGAGUGGGAGAGCGGCUGCCUCGAGGCCACCAGGGUCCCUCGACUGGCUCCCAUGACGGCGCUGCGAUCGUCCUGCGAGUUCACUCAACCCGCUGAACCAUCCACGGUGGUCCGUCUGCGUCUGGCUUAGCGGGUUUGGGAAACCCAGCCGGCGUAUGGUGCCGUCCAUAAGCCACGGUUCACGAAGCAGGGUUCGAGGCGCCGCGGGAGCGGCCGUUCAAUUCGCUUCCCACUCCGGAUUUGGCCAGGCUCCUGCCUGGGCGCCGUCGAGCGCCACCUGGUCCAAGUACUCCGAGAGCGCCCCGGGCGGUCGUUCGGCCGGCCGGCCAGACAGCCCCCCCCCACCAGCCAACCCUACCUGGCUGGGUGGGCUGGCUUCCUCGCUCGGGGCUCCGGAGGGGGCAGGAAGGGAGGGCCCGAGGGAGGGGAGGUGGGCUGGGAGUCCCCGACUCCAUAUAAGGGCGAGGGCCGGGCCGGCGAGGGGAGAGGGACGCGCGCCUGCGACGCUUGACUUUGGUCCGGCGCGCUCCAGCAGAGGCGGAGAGACGCGGCGCUCCUUUUGCGCAGAGACGCGCCAGAAGAUCUAGGAGAUUCGGCAGCUCAGAAGACACCAUGAAAGCCUGGAUUCUUCUGUCCAUCUUGCUGAUGAUGGAUGGGACUCUUCCUGCUCGGGUACAUCGUACGCGUAGGGAACUGGCCCCUGGAUUGCAUGAACGGGGGAUACGGGAUGCGGAAGGCUCCUACUGUGGUCGGCACGAUGCUUGUUGUCAUGGAAGGGAUGACGCCUGCACGAUCCCCUACUUUGAUACCCUUUGCUACUGCGACCUCUUCUGCAACCGCACCAUCUCCGACUGUUGCCCUGAUUUUUGGGAGUACUGUCUGGGCAUCGAACCACCGUAUCCAGUGCAGAAAGCCUGCAUUCGCAAUGGGGUCAAGUUCCCCACAGGAGCAACUCACCGGGAUAAUUGCAACCUCUGUACUUGCAGCGGUCAUGGGCAAUGGGUCUGUGAAAACCGCGUCUGUCUUAUCAAUGGGGAUAUGAUCGAUGCCGUUAACAGAGGGAAUUAUGGCUGGAGAGCUUCCAACUACAGCCAGUUCUGGGGCAUGACCCUGGAAGAGGGCAUUCAGUACCGUCUUGGCACCAUCAAGCCCCCCACAUCUGUCAUGAAUAUGAAUGAGCUUCAAAUAAACAUGGCCCCCAAUGAAGUGCUCCCUCCCCAUUUCAAUGCCGUUGACAAGUGGUCUGGGAUGAUCCACGAGCCGCUCGAUCAAGGCAACUGUGCGGGGUCGUGGGCCUUUUCUACUGCAGCGGUGGCCUCUGACCGGAUCUCUAUUCAUUCCAUGGGACACAUGACACCUGCCUUGUCCCCCCAGAACCUGUUGUCCUGCAACACUCGGCACCAACAAGGCUGCAGUGGGGGCCGUGUGGAUGGUGCCUGGUGGUUCCUGCGCAGGAGGGGGGUCGUGACAGAUGAAUGCUACCCCUUUACCAGCCAGGAAAAAGAAAGCUCCCAUGCCAGUCCGCCAUGCAUGAUGCACACCCGAUCCACUGGCAGGGGGAAGAGGCAAGCCACGGCACGUUGCCCCAACCCACAGACUGACUCCAAUGAGAUCUACCAGUCCACCCCAGCAUAUCGUCUCUCCUCAAAUGAGAAGGAGAUCAUGAAGGAGUUAAUGGAAAAUGGACCUGUGCAAGCCAUCAUGGAAGUGCAUGAAGACUUCUUUGUAUACAGGAGUGGGAUUUAUCAGCAUACCCCUGUAGCAGGUGGGAAGCCAGAACAGUACCGACGGCACGGCACACAUUCCAUCAAAAUCACUGGGUGGGGAGAAGAACGGAAGCCUGAUGGGUCAAAUCGGAAAUAUUGGAUUGCAGCCAACUCCUGGGGCAAGGCAUGGGGUGAACAUGGCUACUUCCGCAUUGCCCGAGGGACCAACGAGUGUGAGAUCGAAUCCUUUGUGGUGGGCGUCUGGGGCCGGGUUGGAAUGGAAGACAUGCACCACAAGAAAUGAGGAGAUUGGACACUUCAGCCUUGCAUUAUGAUACCAGGAAGAACUUCUUUCCUUCUGUUGGCCCUAUGUUAUUUCUUCUCCUCAAGGCAUCUGGUAUCUAGAACAAUCACAGGACAUAUCUACCAGGGGUUUUGCCUCCAAAGACGAUGGCCUUUGUCUCUGUUCUGGGGGGAAGCCUAGAAUUGUCAUGUGGAUGUUGGACUUGGAAAGACUUUGGAGGGUUCUUCCUCAAAUGGUGGGGAAAAAAACCUGAGAACUUAUGAAAUGACUACCAAAAUGUCUACAUUUUCUUGAAAGGGACCAAGAGAAAAUACCCAAUCUGACACUUUGCUCUGCAUAGCUCACAUACUCACAACCAGAGUGACCCUGGAGACAUCAGAAGCAAACCUUGGCAGAAUUCCCUACCAAGGAUGGUAAGCUGCAGGUGAUCUGAGGAACCCUGCUGUCUGGCAGACCAAGUGAGCAUCUUCCUUUGAGUACUUUCUGUGAUUCUACAUUAUAGAGCCAUCUUGGAAGCGAUGACAUCUCUGGCCUGACCUUCCCCAGAGGCAACCAUGGUAAAAGAAAGAGUUGCCAGCCUCUUGGGCUAAACUUUCAGGCAUCUCAGGUAAUACCUCUCCAGAUGGGUGGAUUUCUAGUCCUAGCAGGCAUGUCUGCAGCAAUGGCCACUGGCUUCAGAACGGUGAGCACAACUAGGUGGAAACAGCCUUGCCUCAUUUUAUGUGUGUACAGUGUGUCCUGGGAUUCUCAAGAAUAGCUAUAUUGUCUGAAAUAAACCCAUUUGGAGAGAGGCCAGAUUGGGGAAGGCUGGCUUAGCCCACGUUCCCUGUUCUCAUGGAACAAAAUGUUUCCUGCUUGUCCUAUCAAAGGGAAGUAAGGAUCUGAUACAGGAAAACACCACUUAUGCAACAUCAGCCUUCCUCUAACCAGGUCCUCCCCAGCUAUGUUGGGCUUCUGAUGCCCACAAUUCCUUGCUAACAUGGCCAUAUAUGGCCCUGAAGGCAAAAAUCUCUGGAGAGCACCAGCAUGAGGUCAAGCUGCCUUGCCUGUCCAUAGCAGUCGAAGGAGGAAUUCCUGUGUUUCUUAAGCUUCAUUGUUCAGCCCACCAUGAGGUAUGGCUACUCCAAGUCCUUCAGCUGACUUUCCAAGCCUGAGCUGAAAUCAGCCCCCAGUCCAGCUGUUUUAGGCCCAUUCAAACUGGAAAAGAGGAGGACAUUCUUGUCCUUCGCUCUCCUCUGCUUGGUUUCAACUCCCAUGCUGCUUCCUCAUUUCCCCACAGCACAGCCAAACGCUGCCUUUUGCUGACUCCAGUGACUUGGUGCACCACCCCGGCUCUGAUCCAUAGUGAAAACCUUUAUCCUCCCUGCCUGAAGCCUCCCUCGGUCCACCCCACUGGCCCUUCCUCUUUCUUUUGGCCUUUGCCGCCCGCCCACCCGUCCCUGCACCUUCCGUGCCCGGCGUGAGACUCUCUC